GAAUGUCAAUUUAAUUUAUCUAUGAACAAGAUUGGGUUGAAAGCAGUACCUAUGAAGAUUAAUUAUUAUUAAAUUCAAGGAAUAUACCAAAAAUGUGUUGUAAAUGUGAAAUAAAAUAGUGUUGUUUGUUAUAUUUAUACUCUAGUUCAUCCUACACGUAUCGUACAAGUUGUUAAUGACGCUAAAUACGUGUGUUAAUAAUACGAAUCGAUAUAACAAGUGAAGAAACCUAAAGAAACCUAUCUUGGUUCUUUCGGUUAAUUGUUAUCAUUUUGUCAAUAAAGCUAUGAGAUAACUAACGGGUGUUUUAGGUUACAAUGUCGCUGGAAAGAGAGAAUAUGGGCGUGAUGCCUCCAGUUCCUACCACAGGGUCUGUGGACCCUCGCUCUCAGCUUUUACAAGAGAUGAGAGAGCAAAACUUUGAUAUGAUACGCUUCUCUUCAUAUAGAACAGCUUGCAAAUUAAGAUAUGUUCAGAAGAAGUGUAAUUUACACGCAAUAGAUAUAUGGAAUGUGAUAGAAGCGUUCAGAGAGAACGCUCUCAACACGCUCGAACCGAACGCGUGUGUUAACGUGACGAGAUUGGAGACAUUGGUAUCGUCUCUAUACCAUAAUCUGAAUAAACGUCUGCCGCCAGCCAAUCAAGUGUCGGUCGAGGCGUGUUCAGCGUUGUUGUUGAAUUGGUUGUUGUCCGCUUAUAGUACUGGUGAAAAUGUUGGCAAGAUUAGAGUGUUUUCAAUCAAAGUAGCGUUGGCGACGAUGUGUGCUGGCAAACUUAUGGACAAAUUGAGAUAUAUUUUCUCUCAGCUAUCAGACGGCAAUGGUCACUUAUUAAUGAAGAGAUUGUCAGAUUACCUACGGGAAGUACUGGCUUUGCCUGCCGCGGUGUAUGAGUCACCAUCCUUUAGUUACAAUGAUAGCCUCGCGCUGUCUAUAUUUAAUCAGAACACAAAAAUAACAGUAAACGACUUCCUCGACACACUAAUGUCGGACCCCGGGCCGCCGUGCUUAGUUUGGCUGCCUCUGCUGCAUCGCCUUGCUAGUGUUGAAAAUGUGGUACAUCCACUGGCGUGUAGCGUAUGUCGUCGCGGUUCGUUAACCGGUCUCCGCUACCGAUGCACCCGCUGUGCUGCAUACACUCUCUGCCAGGAUUGCUUCUGGCGCGGCCACGUGACCCCGCCGCAUACUAACGAGCACGAGGUCAAGGAAUACGCGACAUAUAAGUCCCCGUCGAAGCAGAUCGGCGCGACGCUCCGCAAGUCGUUCCGCUGCGUGCCGGAGCGCGCGCGGCCCGCGCUGCCGCGCUACCCCGACCAGCCCGAGCGGACGCUCAACCUGAGCCACAUCGUGCCGCCAUCUCCCGUACCAGCACAUAACGGCUUCCCGGAGUAUGGAGGCGGCUACGUCAAUACUGGGUCAUUGGACAGCCGCUCGUCGAGAUCUACACAUAGAAGUAUAGCGGAACAUCUCUCCCGCGGUGUAGACGACGAGCAUCGGCUCAUAGCGCGCUAUGCCGCGAGGCUCGCACACGAGAACCGCACUAUGCCCCGCGCAGGUCGAUCGGCAUCUCUUACGCCUGAAUUGGGUCGAUCAUCCUCCGAAGGUUCGGAAGUUGAUGCGGCGCGGCAACAGCGCGAAUUGAUCUCACAGUUAGAGGCCAAGAACAGAGAGAUUAUGAGAGAGAUAGCUAGACUUAGAAGGCAGCAAGAAGCGGAAUCAGGUGGUAGUGUCGGGUCUGCCCCACCCCUGGUCUCCGAGCUACGUGCACUCCGUCAGCGCAAGGACGAGCUCGAGGGCCACCUGUCCUCGCUGCAAGAGUCCAGGAAGCAUCUGAUGCACCAGCUCGAGGGACUCAUGCGGAUGCUCAAGACGCAACAAUCGUCGCCCCGUUCCACGCCGAACUCAUCUCCACGGUCCGCAAAAAGUCCGCCAUUGCCCGGGACACAAACACAACCCUCUGCCCCGGAAAGGGAAUCAACACCACGUGGCACGGUACGCAGUGCGCCGCAGACGCCAUCUCUCGGUGAGAGAGAACGGAUCGACAUGACACAUAGCUUGGGUAUGGAAAGUAUGGGUGGUGAUAACAGAGGCUUCCAUCAAAAUCAACGACCCACCACGAUGGGCAUAGAUAACAGGAGUCUAAGAAGCGAUCUCCUUUACGCAGCUGAUUCUGUGACCAACGCUAUGUCGACUCUAGUCAGAGAACUUAACUCGGAAGGCUCCGAUACAGAAGACACGAUGAAGGGAGGUUUGGACUCGAGGAAACAGAGAGAUUUUGAAGAAGACGAAGACAGCGAUGAGCCCAUGCCUCGUCCGCAACUGCCGAGACACUAUUUACACGAUAACAAUGUACAGGACACACCGCCACCAUUGCCCGCCCGCACCGGCCACUACUUCCCACGGACAUAGCUUAUUUCAUUUAUAUCUAUAGUUUUAACGGGUAAUUUAUGUUUGUGACGUCACCGUUCGAUUAACAGACAAAAAAUGAAAAAAAAAAUUUUUUUUGCUAAAAUAGAUUUUGGGUUUCGAAAAAUACUAUUUUAUGUGAUUCAUUGUUAAAAUAUGAUACAAUUUUAAAGAAUAAUUAUUAAUCUAAAAUUAAUUCAAUAUAUUCCUUAUUACAGUUUACUUUGUGUAUUUUCCUUAAUGUAGAAAAUGUUAUCUAGAUCGUUUUUACUAAAAUAAAUCACACAUAAAAUAAUCAAUUUUUUAUAUAAAUUUAACAAACAUAUUUUACCCGAUUUUCAUUAAUUAAGGUAUCUUUUUUUUUCUAGUUAUAAUAACUUUAUAUACUGAUAGAUCUGAACAAUUAUUUUCUAUUGAUAAUAUUUUCAGAUGAAAAUACAUAAUUGUAUGAUUAAGUGUCAUUACUAAGUAUGAAAAG